AUGGCCGAGCUAAACUAUUCACCGAUCGAGAAAUUAUGCUUGGCACUUUAUUUCGCGGCCACUAAGUUGCGCCAUUAUAUGCUUCCUUCGGUCGUUCAGAUCAUCUCCAAGACCGACCUCAUCAAAUACAUGCUGACUCGGCCGAUCAUAUGCAGCCGGAUCAGGAAGUGGACGAUGGCAUUGUCCGAAUUCACCUUCCAAUAUGUGGCUCAGAAGUCGGUCAAAGGCCAGACAUUGGCCGAUUUCUUGGCCCACCACCCGGCUCAGGGGCAAGAGGGGGAGUUGGAGGUUGAGAUCGGCAUGGCCCGCAUGGAGAAGAACUACUAG